AUGGCCCUUAAGGUAUUGAUUAUAGCGAUGGUGGUGGUGGUGGUGGUGGCAGAGGACCUGGCUCCUGUGUACCAUACCACACCAUCAUACCACACACCAGAGCCCUACCACCAGCCUGUGUCCUACCACCAGUCAGCACCCUACCACCAGCCAGCCUACCCAGAGGUUCCUCCCAAAUACACCUACAACUACGGUGUUUCUGAUGGCUACACCGGCGUCAACUUCGGCCACUCUGAGGUCCGCGACGGCUACAAGACUGAGGGCAGCUACUCGGUGGACCUCCCAGACGGUCGCAAACAGACCGUCAACUACGUGGACAAUGGUGAUGGUCUGGAGGCCCAGGUCACCUACAAGGGAGAGGCAAGACACCCUGAACACAGGCCCUCCUAUCCUGCCCAUCCAUCUCCCUAUCCUGCCCAUCCAUCUCCCUAUCCUGCCCAUCCAUCUCCCUAUCCUCCUCCACCUUCCCCUCCCUCAGAAUAUGUCUAA